AUGGGGAGUGUCUUUGAUGGCUCCAAGCGGUUUGCUGGGCUGCGAUCCGUUCUUUUGGCAGCUUUUUGUGGUGUUUUGUGGUGGGUUUAUGCAGUAAACCGUCGAGAUAGGGGACCCUUAAUUGUGGCAGACGAAACCGCUACAGCACCAGGUGUGUUUAAACUGACGCAUAUUUAUCGACACGGUGUUCAUGAAUGGUAUCAAAUGCACCAGAGGCUCGAUGUUACCGAUAACUUUGUGCAGGAGGCCGGUGCGAUGUACCGAAUGCUGCGUACUGCCGCUGCCGCUGAUGCUGAUUCGGAAGACGAUAACGACGGAAGGGACUAUACCGAGUGGACGUCUAGUGCCAAAUUUCAGACGGAUAACCCGUUUGCUUUCAGGUUCAAGUUGAAGUCGUCGCUGAUACAGAUGGCGAGGCCUCGGGAAAGAGACCCGGAACUUCUUUCUUCCUCUGUGCACGGCAACGCUGAUGAUGUAGAUAUACUGCGUCACUGGACUGUGGAGGAUGAUGUGGUUGCACCAGAUAUCUCGGACAAGGACACGGUGAUUUCACUCGCGUUGAUGUCCUCGAACGCGUACGUGCAGAUCCCGCACACGGGCAAGUGGAGGAACCUGACCACCCCAUGGAAUGAAACAGAAUCGCCCAACUUUGGUUGGGACGGGGAGGGGCUGAGGGGACACAUAUUCUAUAAUGAGGUGGAAAACACCGUGGUGCUUUCCAUCAAGGGCACCAGUGCCCAGGGAUUACCGGGCUCAGGGGAGGAUGAGACUACAGCGAGCGACAAACUGAACGACAACUUGCUCUUCUCGUGCUGUUGCGCUAGGGUGAGCUACCUGUGGGCCACGGUGUGUGGCUGUUACAUCAAAUCUCUGACAUGCGACGAGUCCUGCGUCGAGGCAGAGUUACGGCGCAAGGACCGAUACUACUCUGCGGUAAGCGAAAUAUACCGGGACGUGUACCUGCAGUACCCGAACGCCACUAUCUGGCUGACGGGCCACUCUCUAGGUGGUGCGCUUGCGAGUCUUUUAGCGAGGACGUUCGGACAACCUGCUGUUACUUUUGAGGCUCCCGGUGAACUAUUAGCUGCCAAAAGACUGCAUCUACCCUUCCCACCAGGCCUGCCCAGCCAUUUGGAAGGUGUGUGGCAUUUUGGCCACACUGCGGAUCCGAUCUUCAUGGGCACCUGUAAUGGGGCAAGCUCGACCUGUUCUAUCGCUGGGUACGCCAUGGAGACGGCGUGCCACACAGGGAAAGUGUGCAUUUACGACGUCGUCAAGGACAAAGGAUGGCACGUAAACAUUCUAAACCACAAGAUACACACUGUUAUAGAUAAAAUACUGGACGACUACGAGGAGGUAGCACUCUGUGAAGAACCAGAGCCCUGCGUGGACUGCUACAAUUGGAAUUUCUGGCGAAACCGUGACGAAGACCCCAGCAGCACAAGCUCCAGCACAAGCACAAGCACAAGCACAAGCACAAGCACAACGAGUACAACAACUGCCACAGCAACUACUUCCACAUGUGUCGGGUACAAUUGGUGGGGGUUUUGUACGGAGUGGGGGCGUGUUCCACCGCAAAUGACGAGAUAA